UUUUAUUUCUCUUUUUCUUCUAUCUCCCUCCCAACUCUUAGCUUGUGGAGGGAGAAUAACACCGUUUAUUAAUCGAUAAUAUUUUUCUUAUUAGUGGAUAAAAGGAUGGAUAAUAAUAAUAGAAUGGAUGAGGAUUAUGAUUAUUUGUUCAAGGUUGUGUUGAUAGGAGACUCCGGCGUUGGGAAAUCUAACUUGCUUUCACGUUUCACCCGAAAUGAAUUCAGCCAAGAUUCUAAAUCUACCAUCGGUGUUGAAUUCGCCACCCGCACCAUUAAAGUCGAUGAUAAGAUCAUCAAGGCUCAAAUAUGGGACACCGCCGGUCAAGAAAGGUACCGUGCAAUAACAAGUGCAUACUAUCGGGGAGCGGUAGGAGCUUUACUAGUAUACGAUAUAACACGGCGUGUGACGUUUGAGAGUAUGGACCGAUGGUUGAAGGAGCUUCGAGAUCACACCGAUAAAAACAUCAUCGUCAUGUUGGUAGGAAACAAGGCAGAUCUACGUCACCUACGAGCAGUUACCACAGAUGAUUCAAAGGUAUUUGCUGAGAAGGAGAAUACAUUUUUCAUGGAAACCUCAGCUCUCGAGUCGAUUAAUGUAGAAAAUGCCUUCACAGAGGUACUUUCCCAGAUAUACCGUGUGGCAAGCCGGAGAGCCUUGGAUGGAAGCAACAAUCCUGCUAAUUUGCCUAAAGGACAAACCAUCAACAUUGGAGGAAAUGAUGAUGUUUCUUCUAUCAAGACAAGUGGAUGUUGUUCAUAAAAACAUUAGAGUAAGAGUUGUAUAUGUGAAAUAUAUAAUGAAGAUAACAAGUGAUGUUAUAAAAUGUAACAUUAAUUUGGUUGUACACAAAUUAAGGAAUAGUCAAACUAGCCUAUUAUUUGAUUAACGGCUCAAUUCCAACUCAUAUUUCUAAAG